GAGGUGAUACCUCUGGACGUGGCUCGGGUGCCCAGUCUGGGCAGGGAGGGCACGGAGGCUGCCCCAAGCCCGAGGCACACCGUGCCUGCCAUGCCCAGCCCCGGCACAUGGCGUCGGGCACAGCAGACGACGCGGGGAGAGACACGGGCAGUGCCAGCCCCGGCCCCGGCGUGCCCUGGGACGUGGCGGGGCGCUGAGCUGCCGCGGGGGGCCCCAGCACCCCGAGUAGCAGCCGUCCAGGGGCUGGGGCUGCCUCCUGCUCCCGGGCGGGACGGCCGGGCCUGGCCGUGGGUGCCAUUUCCUGAGCCCAGGCUGCCGGCGCUCGCGCCGAGGGCUGUGCCGCGGCCCCUGGCCAGCAGCCGGGUUUCAGGAGGUGCAAUGAAAACGCCUCUGGGGUAACAAUGCGUUUCUUAUUUAACCGUUCCGAGCACUGCCGGGGCUGCUCCUCCCCCGACCCCGGCGCUGGGGCUGCACCUCCACCCCCGGGGGCCUCCGCCGGAGCCGGGGCCGUGGCGCUCCCCGGGCACCCCCGGCUCGGGAUGGGUGACAGCCGCCCGCCCCUGCCCGCCCCGGGGAAGAAGAAAGGUGCUUUGUGCCGUGGCCCCCAACCUGGGAGGGGGGCGGUGGCGCGGAGCCGCCCGUCUGCGCGGGAUGAAUGCGGCCUCAGUGGCCAGGGCACCCCGGCCUGCCCGGGAGGAGGGGGCCGCUGGCCCGCCAGGAAGCGCGGGGCGUGGACACGGCUUGUGGGAAUGAUUUCAUUGGAAAAGCCUGCGAUAUUUUUUCCCCUCUUGUGUGUGGUUCUUGGAGGAGGCUGGAGGUGUAUCUGGUGGGGACAGGCGCGGGAGCCGAGCAGCCGCGCACAUCUGGCCGUCCCGCUGCCGCGGCUCGGCACGGCCCCUGCCCCUGCGCCUGCCCCUGCGCCUGCCCCGCCGCCCCUUGGCUGCCCCUCACACCCUCUGUAGUUUGUGCCUUAUUUUUUUUGUGCCUUUUUUUUUACCCCCUCGAGUGCACGAGUUUUUUCCAGUCGCCGUGAGCCGGGGGGAGCGAGCGGCAGCGAGGGCUGCACGGCUCACUCACAGCCCCAGCCCGCUCUGCCCUGCCGGCCCUGCCCUGCCUUCAGGACCUGUUUUUGCCCUCUCUGUUGUCUCUAGUCGUCCGGCACCCCGUCUGACAAUGAUCCUCUCGGGCCCCUUCCUCCCGGCUGGGGAGUUCCCAGUCUCUCUCAGCUGCUGAAUGCAGAAGUGCUUGUGGUUGUUCUUUGAAUGGAGGAGACGAUAGGGAUCCAGCUCUUUGCUCGUCCGCAGACCCCUCCGGUGCCUCCCGGGAUGCUCUGGCCGGGCUGCAGUGGGGCUGGGAGCUGGCAGGAGCAGGGCUGGCUGUGCUGUCUCCGUGGGCUGAGCAUUAUGUGCUGGGACAAUUUGAACAGUCCCUGUGCCAUCCCCAGGGCAGAGAGGCCUCUCCAAGAGAAGAGACAGGACAAUGGGCGAGUGUAUUACGUGAACCACAACACACGGACCACGCAGUGGGAGGACCCUCGGACGCAGGGGAUGAUCCAGGAGCCGCCGCUGCCGCCCGGCUGGGAGAUGAAAUACACCAACGAGGGUGUGCGCUACUUCGUGGACCACAACACCCGCACCACCACCUUCAAGGACCCGCGCCCGGGCUUCGAGUCGGGGAGCAAGCAAGGCGGCUCCCCGGGGGCGUACGACCGCAGCUUUCGCUGGAAGUACCACCAGUUCCGCUUCCUCUGCCACUCCAACGCCUUGCCCAGCCACGUGAAGAUCAGCGUGUCCCGCCAGACGCUCUUCGAGGACUCGUUCCAGCAGAUCAUGAACAUGAAGCCGUACGACCUGCGCCGCCGCCUCUACAUCAUCAUGCGAGGGGAGGAGGGCCUGGACUACGGCGGCAUCGCCAGGGAGUGGUUCUUCCUCCUGUCCCACGAGGUGCUCAACCCCAUGUACUGCCUCUUUGAGUACGCUGGCAAGAACAACUACUGCCUUCAGAUCAACCCUGCCUCCUCCAUCAACCCCGACCACCUCACGUACUUCCGCUUCAUUGGCCGCUUCAUCGCCAUGGCUCUGUACCACGGCAAGUUCAUCGACACCGGCUUCACGCUGCCCUUCUACAAGCGGAUGCUCAACAAGCGGCCCACGCUGAAGGACCUGGAGUCCAUCGACCCUGAGUUUUACAACUCCAUUGUCUGGACCAAGGAGAACAGCCUGGAGGAGUGUGGCCUGGAGCUGUACUUCAUCCAGGACAUGGAGAUCCUGGGCAAGGUGACCACCCAUGAGCUGAAGGAGGGCGGCGAGAGCAUCCGGGUGACGGAGGAGAACAAGGAGGAGUACAUCAUGCUGCUGACGGACUGGAGGUUCACGCGGGGCGUGGAGGAGCAGACCAAGGCUUUCCUGGACGGCUUCAACGAGGUGGUGCCGCUGGAGUGGCUGCGGUACUUCGACGAGAAGGAGCUGGAGCUGAUGCUGUGCGGCAUGCAGGAGAUCGACAUGAACGACUGGCAGAAGAAUACCAUCUACCGGCACUACACCAAGAACAGCAAACAGAUCCAGUGGUUCUGGCAGGUGGUUAAAGAGAUGGACAACGAGAAGAGGAUCCGUCUGCUGCAGUUCGUGACCGGGACGUGUCGCCUGCCCGUCGGGGGCUUCGCAGAGCUCAUCGGCAGCAACGGGCCCCAGAAAUUCUGCAUCGAUAAAGUUGGCAAAGAGACAUGGCUGCCUCGGAGCCAUACAUGCUUUAACCGUCUGGAUCUCCCUCCCUACAAGAGCUACGAACAGCUGAAGGAGAAGCUGCUGUACGCCAUUGAGGAGACGGAAGGCUUUGGACAGGAGUGACGGAGCGUUGGUGCUGUGCUGGGGCGGGGAGCGCCCCGCCGAGCCCGUGGAGCCGGCGCCGGGCCCUCCCGCAGGACGCUGCGGACGCCGUUGCUCUUGUUCCUGUGUGACCCGCGCUCCUGCCGCCCGGGCUCGGGCUGUCCUCUCGCUCCCUGCCGCGACAGCCGGGCUCGGGGCUCGUGUGGCGGCGCGGAGGGGCCGGGGAAGGGCUGGGCCUGGGCACAGCAGCGCGGGCGCCGGGGCUCCUCGCUGCCCCUCGCAGACGCAGUUCAACGAGAUCUGGUUUCGGCACAGACUGUUUCCCCUCCUCGUGUUUUCUGCCUUUUCCUGGCAUUCUAAUACGUGCAGGUGAGGGGAAAUGAAAUGGCUCUCGAACCAACUCUCGGGUCGCGUUUGGGCCCUGUCUGUCGGCUGUACAGGGGAGCCCCGGUGCUGCCGCUGGUGUGGUGCAGGAGCACCAGGACAGCCCCUGCCCGUGCGGUUGUGUGUUUGGGUUUGGAGCGCGUGGCCCCCGUGCAGUUGUAUUUAUCGUUAGUGGUGUGUUGCUCAGAGCUGGUGCUCUGCAGCAGCCUCGGGCCGCGUCUGCCCUUUGCUCGGUUCGUGGGUUCGGCUCCAGCUCCCCGUUUCCCGUGCCGCCGGCCGGGCUGGUGGCAGCAGCCCCUGGGGCUGCAGGUGAGGGCCGGCUGAGGGCCCUGGCCUGGCUGCCCGCUCCCCCGCUGCCCCCGCAGCCACGGCUGUACAUAAAGGAAGUCUGCGAUAGCUUUUAACUGGCAAGAGGGUGUGUUUGUACUGCACCCUCCUGCCUCAGCGACGCCUUCUUGUGCAAUAAAGGAUAAGCAGCUGCC